AAAAGAGGCGAGGAGACAGGCUGGGGAGGGAAUGGCGGUACCGGGUGGGUCCUGAGGAAACUCCUCGCCUGCACGUCUUUGACCUGCCCCUUCCCCAGUGGAAAACAUCCUCCUCCUCCUCCUCCCGCCGCGGAGUUAGUGAUUAGCUGGAGCCCUCCCGAGUUAAAGCUUCUCCGCGGGAGGGGCGAGGGCUGGGCAGAGGCAGGCGGGUUUACCGCGUUGCUACAACUAAAAAGUGCCCCCUUCGCGCAGUCGUGGCGUCCCUGGCAUCCGAGCACAGCAAACGUCAGUUUGUUUAACAAUCGCGGAGUAUAAAUGCUCAGAUUAGCGAGGCGGCUGCAGGAGGAAGCAGCGCUGAGCCUCGGCCGGAGGCGGUGGCACCUGCAGCCGCGGGGAUCCCCUCGCUGCCCUCUCCCUGGUUAGUGCCCUGGGGCUGCUGAUGUAGAGUUCCCAGGGGGAGGAUCCAUCUAUGCUGUUAGUCCCGUAGGAAAAGAAACAACAGCUUCCCCUUCCCCUCGCUAGCCCAGCCCCAGCCACGGUCAGCCUCGGCUCUCCGUCGCUGGCUGACCAUGGCCGACAGCUUGCGGAGAUUAAUCAACAACGAGAGCUGCAGGAUUUUGCAGGAGAAGCUGGAGAGCUGGUAUAAAGAUUACCACAUUAACUCAUGUGAUCAGAAUCUGAACCGAUGUUGUGAAAUCAUAGAAAUGAACUCCAUGAUUCAGGGGCAACUCUUCACAAUCCUCAAUCAAACAGCUAGAGAAGGUGGGCAUUAUGCAGGUGUAGAGACAAUAAAAUCUCGUCUCCUGCCCUGGCUGGGGACUUGUUUUUCCAGUACUACUUCGGGAAGGCCCUUUGAAACCAGUCUUUCUCUCAUUCAGGAGUCAAUUGAGAAAGAAAGGCAGCUGAGGGAAUUUGCCAGCACUCGGAACCAUGAACUACAACAAUUGGAGAAAGAACUGAACUCAACUCGUUUACAACUCACCUUAGUGCAACAAGAUCUGGCAGAAGCCCAGAUGGCUCUUGAAGACACAAAGACCAAAUCAGCCACUACCCUUUUGGCAGCAGAGGAUGAAAUUGUUCAUCUAAAAGCGGCGUUAUAUGUUCCACAUCUCAGGUCCUGUGACUCUUUGAUCAAGGCUUACUCCACACAAAAAAUCAACAUCAUGAUCUCUAACAGUCUGAAGGCUUCUCAAGCACAGGAGGAGAGCGCUUUGAGGAAUCUGGAUCGUCUGAAUGAUUAUGAGCAACAGGUUCAAAUACUAAAGGAUGAGAUUGCCAUCCUGGGUGCCCAAAAAUCUGUUCUUCACAGCAGACUUGCACGGAGUCGCUCUCCUUCUCCAAGGCGCUGCCAAAGUAGAUCACCUAGUCCUCUUCCGCUCAGGAGCUGCUCACCUGGCCGGGCCAGGCUUACGAAUGCUGCACGUCAUGCCCACCUGGUGGCUCGCUUUAGUGAGAUUUAUACUCAAGAACGCUUGGAUGCACAGAACCUUCUGAGGACUUACAUCGAUGAUCUGGAGAUAGUGCAGAGGAUAAUAUAUGUUGCAGCUGUGGAGUCUUUCCAUGCAGCGAAGAUGGCCUUCAGACAAUUCAAAAUGCGUGUGAGAAAGACUCUGUCUCUAACUUACUCAGGGCCUGAAUCACUUGAAGACACUGUCCUGGAUUAUAUAGUUCGCCAUGAGGAUCUAUAUGAUGUUCAAGCCAGUGUCAAUGAAGUAAUUCGUGCCAUGAAUAUCAAUCCUAAAAUUUCAUUCCCACCAGAAGUUGACUUCAUCAUGAUCAGCAGUUUGAUUCGGGAGUUGUGCCGUGUAGCUUUUUCAAUGCAGACCUUGGUUCCUCCCCUCGAUAUUGCAUUUGGUGCAGAUGGAGAACUUUUUAAUGAGAGCAAAUACCGUCGCAGCUAUGACUCCGAUUUUACGGCUCCCUUGGUGGUCUAUCAUGUGUGGCCUGCUCUGAUCGAAAAUGAUUCUAUUAUUGUGAAGGGAGAGGCAGUCUCAAAGAGAGGUGCUCUGUGGUCUCGCAGGAGCAGGAGUAAAAGCAGAAGCAGAAGCCGCAGCAUGAGCCCUAUUAUGUCUCAUUCUGCAAGCCCCAGCCGCACCUUGUUACCUCGAAGUCGCAGCCCUUCCCCAAUAAGGAGCGGAAGCCCAAGACUUUAAAUUAACUGGAUAUGUUUCUGUGAUUCUGUACAUCCGGAUCAGUCAACUUCAGUGGUGCCUCCUCCUGUUCCAAGAGUACCUCAAACCUCACUUAAGAUAAUGUGAAUGGCAGUUUUGUGUUACUCCAAAGGGAGGGUUAAAUGUCGUUUUUGCUUAGUGUGUUUUUUAUAAGUUUAGUAGGGUUUUUUUAUCAUUAGAGAAAUUAGUUGAACCAAUUUGAUUAAAAAAAAAUUGCGUAGACAUUUAGGAUCAUACUCCUAUGGCAUAGAGUUUACACAGCUCUUAGCAACCCUUGCAGAAAUAGAGCAGUAGAUGGAAGGAUCACAUCUAGAACAUUUUUUACCUGAAACAAAAGUGUGCCAUUUAUUUUGACAACAUAUUUAAUAUCACAUGAACAUUACAACUUGUUGAGAUUAGCUGUUACUUGAAAACAAUGUCACUAGAUGGUGCUUAUUUACAUUUCUAGAAGGCAGCACUAAUCUCAGGAUGUGAAACUCUUACCUACGUGAAUAGCAUUGUUUUGUCACUGAUGUAUCAACUGAAGGUGGUCUCUGUUGUCUGACUGAUGAAAUACCAGUAGUUUAUGACUGGCACAAGUGACUACUGCAUUUCAGUCUCCAGAUCUUCAGUUACAUUGAUUUAUGAAAGCACACAGCUAAUGGGUUGUAUGAAGUGUUGUGCUGGUUUUGGCAUGGAAUUCACUAUGCUUGUUAAAUUCAGUCUGUUACUGAAGAAAGGAAUCUCACUAGUGGUUGCGAUUUGGACCCUUAUUGAUAUUUCAAAAGUGUGUCACUGAACAUAUUGUGGUUUGAAAUACUUGCUUGGGAUGCAUUAACUAUUCAGUAUCUCCUCCAAAUACAUACAGAACAAGAUUAGAGCCUCCAUUUGAACACAGUCACAAA